AUGGGGUACCAGUCAAGUUGGGCAUCCCCAUAUGAUGAUGGUCCAUUACUUGAUUCAUUAUUAAACAAGACAAUUAAACGAAAACGUCAUGAUAAACAUUCAUAUAUAAAUGAACGACACAAUAAUAUACUAAAUUCAAAACGUCUUAACAGUAGUACAAAUGAGAAUGUAUUAGAUGACAAUAUUGCUAUAGUUCAUUGGAUUAAUAGUAUUGAUAAUUGUGAAUCAGAGUUCCUUGCUGCACAUCGUAAUUAUAUGGAAAAAUUUCGAGUUAUUGAACUUUCAUAA